CCGCCCCGCGCUCCUGAGCCGCCGCCGCUGCCGCCGCCGCCGCCGCCGCGGGUCCGAGGGCGCCGCGCCCUUGCCCUGGGCCCGCCGCCCGGCCCGCGUCCCUGCGCUGCGCCGCCCGGCCGGGUGCAUGCAUUGUGGGCCUCCCGACAUGGUCUGCGAGACGAAGAUCGUGGCCGCCGAGGACCAUGAGGCGCUGCCGGGGGCCCAGAAGGACGCGCUGCUCGCCGCCGCCGGCGCCAUGUGGCCCCCGCUGCCCGCCGCCCCCGGGCCGGCCGCCGCCCCCGCCGCGCCCCCGCCCGCGCCGGGCCCCCAGCCUCUCGGCGGAGCCGGGGGCUCUGAGCCGGCCGAGGGGCGCGGCGUGUACAUCCGCGAGUUCCGCGCGGCGGAGCAGGAGGCUGCGCGCCGCAUCUUCUACGACGGCAUCAUGGAGCGCAUCCCCAACACGGCCUUCCGCGGCCUGCGGCAGCACCCGCGCGCGCAGCUGCUCUACGCCCUGCUGGCCGCGCUCUGCUUCGCCCUGACGCGCUCCCUCCUGCUGACCUGCCUGGUGCCCGCGGGGCUGCUGGCCCUGCGCUACUACUACAGCCGGAAGGUGGUCCUCGCCUACCUGGACUGCGCGCUGCACACGGACAUGGCCGACAUCGAGCAGUACUACAUGAAGCCCCCCGGCUCCUGCUUCUGGGUGGCCGUGCUGGACGGCAACGUGGUGGGCAUCGUGGCGGCGCGGGCCCACGCGGCGGACAACACGGUGGAGCUGCUGCGCAUGUCCGUGGACUCGCGCUUCCGCGGCAAGGGCAUCGCCAAGGCGCUGGGCCGCAAGGUGCUGGAGUUCGCGCUGGUGCACAACUACUCCGCGGUGGUGCUGGGCACCACGGCCGUCAAGGUGGCCGCCCACAAGCUCUACGAGUCGCUGGGCUUCAGACACAUGGGCUCAAGUGACCGCUACGUGAUGCCCGGCAUGACCCUCUCGCUGGCCGAGCGCCUCUUCUUCCAGGUCCGCUACCACCGCUACCGCCUGCAGCUGCGCGAGGAGUGACCGCCGCCGUCCGCCCUCCCGCCGCCCGCCGCCCGCCUGCGCCCGCCCCGCCCGCCGCCCGGGCCGCUUUCAGACGCUCACCUUGGCGUGUGUGCUGGGCUUCUCCCUUUUCGACACCACACGGUUCCUUGGCUGGUUCCGGGGGGAUGCCGGGGCGGAGUGCAUCAGUGACACGUGGGAAGGCGGGUGGGCCCUCCAGCCACGCCCCCCGCCCUCCCUGGGUCGGGCCACGCCCUGAAGAGGGACAGCGUGGGCCGCCGCGAGCCCACGCAGCUGCUGGCCCCGGCCGGAGCGCCCCGUCCCGCUUAGCCCCGAGGUGGCGAGGGGCCCCGCCUUGCCCACCAAGCACAGAGCCUCUGGGGUGAGGACCCCCGCGCCCAGCAGACCCCUGGCCGGCAGUGGGGCGGGGCUCGGCCGUCCGCCCUCAGCGGGCGUGGCCUGCCGCGCCCCCAGGGCGCCGGGCUGCCAGCAGGCCGCUUUGCUCCGCUCUGUGCAUGCCGAGGAUGUGGCCUGGCUGCAGCAUGCCGCAUGCCCGCAGCCCCCACCCCCGCCCCGCCCAGACUGGACCCAGACUGGUGAGCGCCCUGGCCCCCACCCGGCUCUCUGGAGCCCUGCUGUCCACCUCGCCCCUCGCUUCUCCCAGUCCAGCUCUGCUUCGACGUCGGAUCACACCCUUUCCUUUCGGUACCUGCCCCUCCUCCGCCCGGGCUUUGCUGAUUGGCGUUGUCAUCCAGGUGUGGUUCCCAUAGUGACGUGUGGUCCAGCAGCGGUCAGGGCCCUCUGGGAGGGCAGGGUGGAGGCGGCUGUGGGGGUCCCCGCUCCCCCAGGGCCAGCUCCAUCGGGCUUGGUGGCCGCUUCCGGACCCCCUGGGUACUUCCUGCCCCGGGGCAGCCAGGCUCUGUCCUGUGAAUUUUGACCAACCCAGGCUGCUGCCCGCACCACCGAGCCCGUAGCUUCUCCCAGCCUGAAGCCGACCUAUUUUUUAAUAAGUUAUUUAGACAGAAUAGCACUCUGCAUGACUUUAACUCUUGGGACAAAAUGGUAGUUGAUACCUACACACAUACACACACACACACCUGUGUGGUCUAGAAUAUGCACUAUUUCCGGCCCAGUUUGGUGGGGGUGGGUGCCGGGGGAUGGAGGGUUGGUUUGGAGUCUGGAGGGAGACCCUGACUGAACGUCGUUUCCGCCCUGAGGGCACUCCUGGGCGGGCGCGGGCGGGAGCAGUUUGCCAGCAGCGUCCAGUGUAGGAGCGGGGUGCCUUCGGGGUGCUCACCCCCUGCCCCAGGUCGCAGGCAGGGGCUUUUGGGAGCGGGGGUGGCCCAGAGCAGGGGAGGAAGGUGGUGGCCGGAGGGGCACAGAGGCCCGCCGAGACCCCUUGCUUUGGGGGGGCGGGGAGUGGCAGGCGGCGUGGGCCACUCACCUGGGCCCCACAUGUGAGGCCCUGGAGGGUGCGUCCUCAGAGGCGCUUUGAGCGGGCCGCGCCUGGCCUCCCGAGGGGCCUUGGGUACUGUGAGCGGCUGAGAUAACUUGCAGAACAUUGUACAGACCCCGCGCUCCCCUGUACAUUCUCCCCGGUGGCGCCCGGCCCCCGUCGGGGGUGGGAGUUUUGUAGACUGUACAGAAAUCGGCCCCCUAUUUUCUUGCAGCUCUCAGAUUUUGUUAAUCUGGAUAAUACAGACAGACGUAAAGUGUUUUAGCAAAACGGAAAA